AUGCCGAUGGAGUUCAACUCUGCCCAGCAAGACAGCCCAUCAACGUACUGCUGCCGUGUUUCAAAAGUGUUCCAGCGCCGUCGCCUACCAAACCGCCAAAAAUUCCUCGAGGACCAAAAGGCCCAAGGUGAAAGUCGAGCCCUAGAGAAGUUUCAGACGCGUGAUUGGAAAGCUGGUGAUAUCUACGCUCCUCAUGAUCUCAGUCCGGCAGAAAUGAAGAAGUGGAGAAAACGCCAGGGCCCGGCAGCAGAUGCUUUCGACGCUUUGAACAUGAACCCGCUUGAUCUUUACAAGAAUUUUUCUAUAAUGUCCGAAUACAUCACCCCAAUGGGCCGCAUAAAGCACAGAAACACAACCGGCCUACGACCCGUCAACCAGCGAAAGAUUGCAAAGGCUAUCCGGAGAGCAAUUGGCACCGGCCUCAUGCCAAGUGUUCACAGACAUCCGGAGAUCCUGGCAGCGGAAGCAAAGGCGAGGAUGGAGGGAACCCCCAUCUAUUAG